CGCGGUGUCAAUGACCCCGCCAAUGCUCUUCUUGGUCUGGGAAGGAAAAGGGUGCGAAUCACGUACUGCGAUUCACAAGUCACGCUGAAUGAGGAGUAGUGCUCGUUUUGCACAAAUAACAGGUAGCGUUUGGACUCAUCAACAUAAUUUUCUACGUAUAACCCCAUCAUUGGCACCUUCAUAGAUAUGCCUGAUGUCACAGUUGCUGCUCCGUCUGAGGACACUCGAGAGUCGCGAAAAGACAGCAACAGUCGAAGAGCUGCCGCAUGUUUGGUAUGUCGGCGGUCAAAGAUUCGGUGCGAAAAGGGGAAAAGCCGACAUAACGAUGAUGACCGAUGCCAACGAUGUCUUCAGCUAGGGGUACAAUGCGUCCGCCCCGAAUUCCAUGUGGGCAGGAGGAAAGGUGUCAAAAAUAAGCGCACCGGGCUGGAAAAGGCACUCCAUCAAGUCGAACAGGCUGUCAAACGAUCAGGAGCCAGUCUGCACGGUAUUGAGGCCACCAAAUUCGUUUCCGAACUCAAAGAAAUCUUAGGUGCUGGCUCACUUACACCUCUUGCCGAUGGCGACUCUGAAAAACCCAGCACUGGUCAUACAAGGACGUCCCCGGCCAUAUCACGCAGGCCUAGUGAAAUUCUGAUGGCGGAUGUUUCCGAAGAUUCAGGCGAUAGCUCCAUGUCGGAUCAUGAUGACAUGAGCAUUCCGCAAGACUCCACGCCAACUCAGAGCCAUGUGGCAGAUGAGAGCCUUGCCGUCGAUGAUGCCGAAAAUCCUCUUCAACUUCUCGCCCGAGCUUCUGACUUGCAUGUUUCUCCGAAGCCAGUUGGCGAGCUUUCUACAGCCGAGAUGGCCCAUAGCCAUCAACACCCACGCCAGAAGAAACAAACCGAGAAGCUGUCCGAGGUCGAAAAGUUCUUCAAGUUCACUCAAUUCUCCCUUGACUGUGGCCCUGAAUUGGAUCCCAUCGAUCUUGGCUUACUUACCACGGAGGAGGCAGAGUCCCUCUUCGACUUCUUCCACAAGAGUCUUGCCCACACGAGAUGGGGUCUGGACCCAAUAUUGUAUACGGCCUCUUUCACCCGCUCGCGUUCGGCCUUUCUCUUCACUUCCAUAUGUGCAGCCGCCGCUCUCUUUAUGCCAAGACAGGGCGCCCUUUCGCGGCGGUUGUCCAAUCACUGUAAAACCUUGGUCAACAGAAUCAUAGUGGACCGAUACCGGUCCGUCGAGAUUGUCCUCGCCUUCAUGGUCAACGUUCCCUGGAUGUUUCCUGGCAAACAUAGCACCGAUGACGAGACGUGCUGGUACGUCUCCAUGGCCACCACCAUGGCCCUGGACCUGUUCCUACACAAGAUUGUAGUUGCUAUGGAUGCCAUACGAGAAAAUGGCUACAAAGGAGGAAUCGCACGGGCAGAUUGCAUUGACCCCAAGGUUGCCUUGUCUCUCGAUGGGUUUGGCGACGUUGAUCCGGAAUCGGAACUAGGGAGACGGCUGUUGCGGCGGAGGGAGAGAUGUUGGAUUGCCUUGUUUGUUCUGGAGCGAGGAAUGUGCUUAGCGCGAGGGAGAAGCUAUACCGUGCCUGUCACGCCCCUUCUUCGACGUUGUGAUGAAUGGCACAUGUCAGAUAUUGCAGAUACCAUGGACGGGCACUUGGUGUCCAUGGCUGUCUUGCGGAGAGACUUGGACGAUUUGUUCAAUUCCAUCAGGGCAGUCUGUGACGGAUCCCGCGAAACACUGGCUGACGGCGGCCUUGUUGCCCAGUCGAUACAAAUGUCAGUCGACAAGUUCUUCGAGCAAUGGCAUGCCAAAUGGACCAUACCCAUUGGCACCGGACCUCAACAUCGCCUACCACCCUAUGUCCAAAUCCUCGUCACCCACACCCGCCUCUCCAUCUACAGUAUUGUAAUCAACCACCCCACCGCACCAACCGAAGUCCGCCACUUCUUCCAUGCCGCCGGCCUUUCCUCGGCCCUGAACGUUAUGCGUUCAGCCAUCCAAGGCGAAGAGCAACUCUCGAGCAUGCCCAAUAACACAGCCAUCAUGAUCUCCUUUGCCGCCUGUUUCGCCCUGCGCCUCAGCGGCCAGCUCUCCGGCGGGACCUCCAGCCUGGCGCCUAGUGUCCGGACGCUGAUUGAGGAGACGGCGGGCGUGCUGGAACGGAUUGGUACCGCUACGGACCAUCGGAAUGGCAUGUCGACGUUGUAUGGGAAGUAUCUGAAGUAUAUCGUCAAGAAGGCGGCGGCUGCUGCGGCGACGUCGUAUGAGAGCUUGGCCUCAACUGUGCGGCCGAGGAACGAGACAGCAAUGACAGCGGAUCGAGGCCCACCCCGUGUGGCCUUCUCUCGACACGGUGGGCCAUCCGUUUCAUCAUCAUUAUCAUCAUCAACACUAGCAACAUAUCAACGCAGUAGCCAGCAGCAAGGGACUAGCACCACACACAUGAGCAAUCGUAAUUACGGCAUCCCUACCGAUGCUGCUUUAUCAGCGACAUCCGCCGGCGCAUUUCUCGAGCCUUCAUCAUCUACGCCAUCCUCCCUCUGGGCAGCAACAGAGCCAAUAUUGCUACAAUUCUCUUCCAUGUCCGACGACCAAGUCCUCGAAGCGCUGAACAACGAGUUUCAUGUGGAUCCGGCUACGACGGCUUCGAACUCCAACGCGAACAGCAACAGUAGCAUGUACCACCACCAACACCAUGUUGGUGGCUCCGGCCUGUCGUCACUGUGGGAUGAUACGGGGGUUCUGCCGGAUUGGUUGAAUUCGGCGAAUUUACCCGAGUUUGGGGUGUGAACCAGGCUAGGAUGGGUGACUAGGUGACUGAUAAGGAAAGAACGGUUCAGAGGAUGACUGGGCUGGACCUGGAUGGAGGCGUGAGUGGUGAGAGGCAAGAGGAGGGGAUUUGGCGUGUGAGUGUAUAUGAAAUACCUGUCGAUAUGCAGGAGGGGAGAAGAUCCUAAGCGAAUAUCAAAUAACUCACUGGAUCAACGGCAGGAAGUUGGUCCGUAGUUGGAUAGAACAGAACACUCAAAAAGACACAAAAUAGUACGCACCACCAACGAUGACUCUGCCU